AAUCACGAUCUUUGAUUCCGGAAGGCUUCUUCCCAAUAUUCGACGUUGUUUUGGAAAUUAAUUCCGGCUAUCGGAUCAACCUUCGGAAAAGGUUUCAGAUAACCAUUUUUUUUUCAGAAAAAAAAAAGAUGAUGAAUGGGCUUAAUACCUUGUUUACACCAACAUUAUGCUUCCCACGCUUCCUCUUUUCGAUGACUAUACUGUACAAUGAUCGUGGUUAUAAUGUCAGUAUGUCGGAUGCAGUCGGAACGGUAGCGAUCGUAAAGUCCCUCUAAGAAAAGCACAAUACUUUAACCAACCAAUCAGGCUGGACAUUAAAAUGACCACAGAUGUAUUUCAGUAAACUUCAAAGGAGAAAACAGCAAGAAAUCUACAGAUCGACCAUGGAGCUCUCCGAGGUGAGGUGCUCCAGUGCCACCGAAGAACUUUACACCAUUAAUCGGACUCCGACCAUUAACAGCAGCACAAGACCCAAAAGACUCCUUUGGCAGACGGCGGUGAGACAUAUCACCGAACAGAGGUUUAUUAACGAACAAAGCAGCGCCAAACACCUCUCCUCCGACGAUUCCUACUCACUUAAUGCUAAUAGGCAAUUUUCCGGCAAGAUUUCAAGUGGGGACAGACACAACAACGGAGGCACCAAAGUCUUCCCGGAGAGGACCAGCAGUGACCUGGGCUUCCUUCACCUUGACUGUGCCCCUAGUAACUCCGAUUUCUUUUUGAAUUGGGGUUAUACCUACCGUGGGGUUAUUUUCCCAACACUAAGGAACUCGUUCAAGUCCAGGGACCUGGAAAGGCUUUAUCAACGCUAUUUCCUAGGUCAACGGCGCAAGUCUGAGGUGGUAAUGAACAUUCUGGACGUACUCACCAAGCUCACCCUACUAAUUCUUCAUCUAACGUUGGCUUCUGCACCUAUGGAUCCCAUUAAAGGAAUCUUGUUGGGAUUUUUCACUGGGAUUGAAGUGGUCAUUUGUGCCUUAGUUGUUGUCAGGAAGGACACCACAUCUUACACAUAUCUCCAGUUCAGUGGAGUGGUGACAUGGGUGGCUAUGGCCACUCAGAUCCUGGCAGCUGGACUUGGAUAUGGCCUUCUAGGGGACGGUAUUGGCUAUGUACUCUUCACACUUUUUGCUACCUAUAGCAUGCUUCCAUUGCCCCUUACCUGGGCUAUUUUGGCUGGAUUGGUAACCUCCCUCCUACAAAUCGUAAUGCAGUUGGUAAUUCCAAGGCUAGCAGUGACUUCCAUAAACCAGAUAAUCGCCCAAGCCGUUCUCUUCAUGUGUAUGAACACGGCUGGAAUCUUCAUUAGUUACCUCUCGGACAGGGCUCAGAGGCAAGCCUUUCUGGAAACCCGAAGGUGUGUUGAGGCCAGACUGAGGUUGGAAACAGAGAACCAGAGACAAGAGAGACUGGUCCUUUCGGUAUUACCUCGAUUUGUCGUACUAGAAAUGAUCAAUGACAUGACCAAUGUGGAGGAUGAACAUCUACAACACCAGUUCCACAAGAUAUACAUCCAUCGCUACGAAAAUGUCAGCAUUCUUUUUGCAGACGUCAAAGGGUUCACCAACUUGUCCACCACAUUGUCGGCACAGGAGUUAGUGCGGAUGUUGAAUGAACUGUUUGCACGAUUUGAUCGGCUAGCACAUGAACAUCACUGCCUUAGAAUUAAAAUCCUAGGAGAUUGUUAUUAUUGCGUAUCCGGACUGCCUGAACCCCGCCAAGAUCACGCUCACUGCUGCGUUGAAAUGGGACUCAGCAUGAUUAAGACUAUUAGGUACGUGAGAUCGCGGACAAAGCAUGACAUUGACAUGAGGAUAGGGAUCCACUCCGGAUCAGUCCUGUGCGGCGUGUUGGGACUCAGAAAGUGGCAGUUUGAUGUGUGGUCUUGGGAUGUGGAUAUUGCAAAUAAACUCGAAUCAGGAGGAAUACCUGGGAGAAUUCAUAUUUCCAAAGCAACUUUAGACUGCCUGAAUGGGGAUUAUAACGUAGAAGAAGGACACGGGAAGGAAAGAAAUGAAUUCCUAAGGAAACAUAACAUCGAGACUUACCUAAUAAAACAACCAGAGGAAAAUCUGCUAAGUCUGCCCGAAGAUAUAGUCAAGGAGUCCGUCAGUCCCACUGAUCGGAGAAACAGCGGUACCACAUUCACCGAAGGAUCCUGGAGUCCGGAACUUCCAUUUGAUAACAUCGUCGGCAAACAGAAUACUCUGGCUGCUCUAACGAGAAAUUCAAUUAAUCUGCUUCCAAACCAUCUUGCACAAGCUUUGCAUGUCCAGUCUGGGCCUGAGGAAAUUAACAAGCGAAUAGAGCAUACCAUCGACUUGCGGAGUGGCGAUAAAUUACGACGAGAGCAUAUCAAGCCUUUCUCACUGAUGUUUAAAGACUCCAGCCUGGAGCACAAGUAUUCCCAAAUGAGGGACGAAGUGUUCAAGUCGAACCUGGUGUGCGCGUUCAUCGUCCUCGUUUUUAUAACCGCAAUCCAAAGUUUACUCCCGUCGUCAAGGAUGAUACCCAUGGUGAUUCAGUUUUCUAUUCUGAUCAUGCUGCAUUCUGCUCUUGUAUUGAUAACGACGGCGGAGGAUUAUAAAUGUUUACCCCUCGUGCUCCGGAAAACCUGCUGUUGGAUUAACGAGACCUAUUUUGCCAGGAAUGUCAUCAUUUUUGCCUCCAUUAUGAUUAAUUUCCUGGGAGCUGUAAUCAAUAUACUUUGGUGUGACUUUGACAAAUCCAUUACCUCCAAAAAUCAGACCUAUAACGCGUCGACAUCCAUCACCGACAUCUGCUUUUAUCCGGAGUACUUUGUCUUCACCGGUGUCCUUGCUAUGGUGACCUGCGCUGUCUUUCUACGCCUCAAUUCUGUCUUGAAGCUUGCGGUCCUACUUAUUAUGAUAGCAAUAUAUGCGCUGCUAACAGAAACCAUUUACACGUCCCUCUUCCUGCGAUACGACAGCUUACACCAUAACGGGAACACAGACUUCCUGGGAACCAAGGAAGCCUCCCUGCUUUUAAUGGCCAUGUUCCUGUUGGCAGUAUUUUAUCACGGGCAGCAGCUGGAAUACACGGCAAGGCUUGAUUUUUUAUGGCGUGUGCAGGCCAAAGAGGAAAUCCACGAAAUGAAGGAUUUAAGGGAGCACAACGAAAAUAUGCUUCGAAAUAUUCUUCCCAGCCACGUCGCUCGCCAUUUCCUGGAGAAGGACCGGGAUAAUGAAGAGCUCUAUUCCCAGUCCUACGAUGCCGUCGGAGUUAUGUUUGCUUCCAUUCCUGGAUUCGCUGAUUUUUACUCCCAGACUGAAAUGAAUAAUCAGGGCGUGGAAUGCCUCCGCUUACUGAAUGAGAUCAUCGCGGAUUUCGAUGAGUUAUUAGAUGAAGAAAGAUUCCAGGAUAUUGAAAAAAUAAAAACUAUUGGAAGUACGUACAUGGCUGUCUCAGGAUUAUCACCAGAGAAGCAGCAAUGUGAAGACAAAUGGGGGCACUUGUGCGCAGUGGCCGACUUCUCAAUAGCGUUGAAUGAGAGCAUACAAGAGAUUAACAAGCAUUCGUUCAACAACUUCGAACUACGCAUCGGAAUCAGCCACGGUUCCGUUGUUGCGGGCGUUAUCGGCGCGAAGAAGCCUCAGUAUGAUAUCUGGGGGAAAACAGUGAAUUUAGCGAGCAGAAUGGACAGCACUGGCGUGAGCGGGAGAAUCCAAGUGCCUGAAGACACCUACCUAAUUCUGAAGGAUCGCGGCUUUGCUUUCGAGUAUCGAGGAGAGAUUUACGUAAAGGGAAUAAGUGAGCAAGAAGGGAAGAUCAAGACGUAUUUUCUUCUAGGAAGAGUCCAGCCAAAUCCUUUAAUAUUGCAGCCAAGAAAACCCACCGGACAAUAUUCCUUAGCAGCCGUUGUGUUAGGACUUGUACAGUCUCUGAACAGACAGAAACAGAAACAGAUUUUAAAUGAAAACAACAACCCCGGCAUUAUGAAAGGACAUUACAACCGACGGACAUUGCUGGCGGCCAGCGGGGCCGAGGCCGUCACUCAGACGGAGGGAGCGGAUAAGUCUGAAUUGCCAUAAAAAUAACCGUUUUCUUUGAGUUGAAUUUUUUGUAUUUCUUUUAUAUAUAAAUACGCAAAUAAAAACCUAUAAUUUUUUUACAAA